UGAUCAAUAUUCAUGAUGCAGCUCGCACAUGAUCAAAACAGGCACGGUAUGUAUGGACAUACAUUAGAACGACCAAAACACCGACACAGAAUGAAAACUACUUGGCUUGUGGUGGUGCUGUGUGUUGGACUGGCACUUUGCGAACCGGGGUUCAACAGAAGAUCUUCAAAUAAUGGGAAGGAACAUAUGCCUAGAAGGAAACGAGCAGCAUUUAUGAAAGGGAGACUUUGGCCAAACAAUCAAAUACCGUACACAAUAAAAAGUGGAGAUUUUAAUCCGGGUGAGACUAAGACGAUAAAGGAGGUGAUGAAAGAUUGGGAGACCGUCUCGUGCGUACGAUUCGUCAAGAAAACUCCCUCGCACAUCUACUGGAUCCAGUUCGUAAACUCUAAAGGGUGUGCAUCUUACUUCGGAUCGAUGAAAAUCCCAUACCAAAAGGUGUAUCUUCUGUCAUCAUGUUUUAACAAACGCGCCGUGGCCCAUGAGUUGGGCCACGCUUUAGGAAUGAUACACGAACACACCCGCCCUGACAGGGACAACUUCGUCAGAAUCAACUGGCGCUGGAUCCCGACGGAACUUCACAGAGAAUACAAUAAACAGACAUGGAACGCCGUAACGUCUUUUGGCGUGCCGUAUGACUACUUGAGCAUAAUGCACUAUUCGGCACAGGUUGAACACAACGUGCAAUCACAGAUGUUGGCUCGAAUGAUAGGAAUUGAAACCAUUCAGAAAGACUUCCAAUAUAAAAUUGGUGUCAACUAUAUAAGCUGGCUCGACAUAAAAAGCGUCAAUUUAGCAUACCCAUGCACACACUGUGCACAGAGGUCCUGUCCAAAUGGCGCAUUUCUGGGUAAUACCUGCAAGUGCUGGUGCAAAGGAGAUCCCGCUGAGCACUGCUACAACUUUCCAAUCCCAGGCAUGAAUCGAAUAAAAAACUGGAAACCGCAGACAUCAUCUGGAUCUUGCUUCCCUGGCGACGGGCAGCUGCUCCUUGACAAUGGCAAUAUGGUGGAUAUGAAGGACCUUAGAACUGGACAGAGAGUAUUAACCAUACAAGCUGGCCGGCGUAUCUUCUCUGAAGUGAAAACCUUCAUAAAGCGGCACCCUCACCAGAAUACUACCUACCGAACACUGGUUACAGAACAGGGGAAUCACGUGACGAUGUCAGAUAACCAUUUGAUAUUUGCCUCGAUGACAAACACGUCUGCCAAAAUGGAAUCUAGAUUUGCGAUGUCUGUGAAACCAGGUGAUUACAUUUUCACAACAAAAUCCUGCAAACGAGAUCUGUGCCCAGAACAAGUAGUGCAGGUGUCGCUUAGCUUGAAACAAGGUUUGUACGUUCCAGUCACUGAAGCUGGAACUAUUGUAGUGGACGGAAUAUUCGCGUCUUGUUACUCAUGCCUUCCACACCACCUCGAACACUUCUUCCUGACACCUUUCCGCUGGUUUCCAUGGCUGCUGGAUCCAUGGAAACAAGAUGGCUUCAGUCCUAUCAUAUCUGGUUUGGAAUACAUAGCAGACCGUUUUCUAUCUAUGAGUUUUCAUCAGAGUGUUAAAAGUGCUUUCACCUCGUAAUUGUGAAAAAGAUGUAUCCUACCAUGAGUGACCCCCCCCCCCCCCCCCCC